GGAUCUGUAUAAACUAAACACGUCAGAAAUUAGUUUCUUGUGACUGAGUAUUAAACCGAUCUCGACGAGAAUUCCCAGCACAAAACUCGAAAAUGUCGCUCAAAAAAGACAUAAAGUUAUUAUUCAAACCAUACUACUUCGUUAAUAUACUACUCAGCUUAUCAUACAUCGUUCUGAAGCGGACGCCAGGAGUUUGCAAUUAUUUAUUUAACGUCGAAGAAUGCGAAUUUGAUGGGAAAGAAACAGAGAUCUUAUUCUUCCUGCUAAUUGUCGUCAUGAUAAGAACAAGAAAAGCAGGCAGUGUCACCAUGAUCAAUUACCUCUCAUCAAGUUUCAUCUACACAAAAGUAGCAAAUCUUAUACUGUGGUUUUAUGCAAACUUUAUCAUGGGAAUAGUUUAUGGAAUCAUCUUCAUAUUGGCCGGCCUCAUUCUCCCAGAACCCACAUACUCUGGCCCUGACAAUGUGAUUUAUUUCCGCGGCAUGCAAGGCCUAGACGAAGAACUGGAGCGUGAUAAGAAGUGCACCUGGUUGGUGGCCUUCUACACAGUAUGGAAUCCAUCUUGUGUUCAUUUCGCACCAGUUUUCGCGGAGUUAAGCACAAAAUACGAUCUGGAUAAUCUGAAAUUCGGAAAGGUGGACGUUGGGCGUUACCCAGACGCCGGGAAAAAGUACCAUGUCAACGACAGCAGCAUGAGUAAACAACUGCCGACGAUGAUACUCUUCCAGGAGGGCAAGGAAACCCUGCGCCGGCCCACAGUCGACAGCAAAUCGAAGCUGAUCAAGUUCAUUUUCAACAUGGAGAAUAUCAUCAUGGCGUUCGACUUGAACAACUUGUAUCAGUCGUGCAAGGAUCAGCUUAAAGGAAAGAAGAGCAGCAUGCAGGAGAAGAAGACCAUCAAAGACAAAAAGAAUGAAUAAUUUGAUUGAUAGCCCAAAGAUUUAAACAUAUUUCACACUUCAUGAUUUCAUCAUACUCUUUAUAAGAUGUGUCUAAGUUAAUUUAUUGUUAGUGCAUUUAUAUUUUAUUUUUAUUCUGUUGCGUUAUGUUUUAGUGCCAUUUGCGUGUGUGGUUGACUCGAAUUAAACCAAUAAAAACGUUUGUUCUCGAA